UAAAAAACUCAGUGUUAAAGUUACACUUGACAUUUGCUGCGACUUUAUUUUAAGUUAAAGGCGCUGUUGGCAAGUGUUACAGUGGUGAGAUUCCAGGUCAAGCUUUGCAAGUUCCCACGUAAACAUUUCUAGAAGUGCAGUUGAGCCAGUUAUUGAACUAUGGCAGUCAGCGGUAGCGGGUCUCAGUGGGACGAUUUUGAAAUUACGAAAGAUGAGGUGAGGAACAUCACGGAAGCGCUAAAGAAAGAAGAAUUUCGAAAAUUAUUGGUUGAUUAUAUUGAAGAAGUAAAUGAUCCAGAAAAUCGUAAGAAGUACCAAGAGGAAAUUACGAUCCUAGAGAAGGAAAGAGGUUACGACGUAGAUUUUAUAAAUCCGGAGCCUGGCUAUGUUAUUAAGACUAGUGUGGAUGGUACGAAGAAGGCAUUUAUAAACGUGUGUAAAAGUGAGAAGAUCCAAAAGCCAACAUCAUCUCGUGCAUCAAAAUCCGGAACGAAAGGCGUGAAUUGGUCACUUCCGUACUCACAAGUUCAUCCAAGAGAUGAUUUAGAUAAGUCGGGCAAAAGAUGUUUGGUGUACGACGUUGUUUUUCAUCCGGAUACUCAUGACUUGGCAAAUAAAAGCAAACAGUUCAGGAACAUGUUGAACGAAACAGCGUUGGACGCAGUUGAAAGUAACUUCGGUGUUAAACUAGACAGGAAAAAUCUGAGGUUUCCAAAAUUGAAGUACAAAGGGGCGGUCUCGAAUUCUAUUUUGCGGAAAAAGUCAGAAAACCCUCCAGAAAACGUUAUUGAUGAUCAUUUACGAAAUAUAAAUUAUCCUUAUGCAGUACCUGAUGUGAAUGCAAAACCAAGAGAGAGUGCUAAGAGAGAUACAAAUUGCUCUACAGGAGCAAAACAGGAUGAUGACAGAACUCCAUAUACGACACCAACAUAUCUAAUUAAACAUCGGAACCCCGUUGACAUGCAGGAAUUCAUAAAUGACAAAUCGGCGAAGAUUAAUGCAGCUAUUCCAAAGGAAUUGGUCAUUGAGAUAGACUUACCAUUGCUGAGUUCAACAUCAGAUGUAGUGUUAGAUGUCACGGAAGAAUCACUUUCGCUUCUGAGCGAAAAGCAUGCAAAAUAUAAAUUGGAGCUGAAGUUGCCUUACAGAGUAUAUGAAGACUCAGGGAAUGCAAAAUUUGAUAAGGACCAAAGAAAACUUAUCAUCACCUUGCCUGUCAGACGCUUGACAGAAAAGCGUGUGGUAGAUAUUUGCCGUGAGGACAGUGGGGUGGAAAGCGACACAAGUUACCAGACUCCAGAAUUUAGUAGUGGUGAUGAUGAUGGUGCUGAAAGUGAGAGUCAGAAGAGUGAAGAAAACUUUCCACUGGAAGAAUCAGAAUUGGUCCCAGAAAAAUGUGUUGAAAAUAACAGGACUAACAUGUUGUGUGUGAAAUCCUUCCUUGACCCUGAUAAACAUUACUUACUACCCACUUUCACAUGCAAUGUGUUUGAAGAUGUAAUAGCAUUUACCUUGCAUGUAAAAAAUGUGGAUCCUUCGUCUGUUGUUCACUGUUCCCUGGAAAAUGAUUGUGGUGUUGCAGUAAAAUUUAUGUCAAUUGGCUCAGGCCAUUUUCCUGUGUACUAUGCAUUCUGUGUCAAGUUUCCAAAUGGAGCUGGUGUCGGGGAGAAUAAUGUAAACAUUGAAACUUGGGACAACAAUGUUGUGAUGCAAAUGCAAUUGGUGGCAUGUGAUCAUAUGCCAGCAGAAUAUUUUGCUGGACCUGAUGAAGACAGUCUUUUGAAGCAUGAUAUCCCGGAUGUUGUAGCAGUAGCAAGUAGUUUGGGAAAAUUAAGGAAAAAUGCUUGCCAUCAAGAACCUGAGAGCUAUCUGCAGGCUGAAGUGACAGAAGCUAGUGACACUUCACUUCUUCUGGAAAUAAAGUUAGAUGAGAGGAAUCACAGUCAUGGAAGCUCAGAUGUGGACCAAGAAGAACUGAAAGUGGGUGACUCAGAUGAUUAUAAUUCAGACAAUGUAUCUUCAGUCCCAGCUGUGAAUAAGAAAUGGCAGCCACCUCUUGUAAAGAGUCGCACAUUUUCUGAAUCGAGUGGAGAGGACCUUAACUUAAGUCCAAGGAAAGGUAUCCUUAAACAUCCAGGACGGGUGUCUCGCAGUUUGUCCGAAUCCAGUGUUGAUGACUAUUCAUGGUCAUCAUCAUUAGACAUUGUGGGCCAGUCUGCUGGGUCUGAUAUUUGCAUUCCUGAGGAAGAAGAGUCUGGGACGGAACACAAAAAGACUGUUCGUUUUAAUGAUGAUGUAUCAGAAAAAAUUUACAGGAAUAAUUCCAGUAUUCUUGGACAACGAAAGAAGAACCAGCGAAAAAUACGCAAUAAAAAACGUGCUCAAGAACGCCGAGCAAGUGAAAGUGAGAAUUCUGAAGGUGAAACAGAGAAAGAGAGGGACAAGGAGUUGGAGUCAAAUAAUGACAUAGAAAAUGAUGAAUUUCACAAACAGUGUGAAGCAAAAUCAAAUAUGGGAACUACAGACAGGCAGCAUAAUGAGGGAGAAGAUGAUGCAAAACCAUCAUUAUCAUCAUCAUCAGCAGCAGUGCAGUGUCAAAACAAAGCUAGUACCUCUAGCGAGCAAAGCACCGUGCAUGCCACAUCUGCAGUUUCUCAUAUUCAGUUGGCAAAUGAUCUAGUUCACCAGUUGAGUAUGUAGCUGAUGUAGUUCGCCCAUUGAGAAUGUAGCUGCUUCAAACAAAUGAGGAGAGUAUCGUAAUGUGAGAUAGUGUGUGUUGUAUGAAUAAAAUUAAUUGGGUAUAAACAUUUGUUUUGUAUCUGUUUUUCAGUAUUUGUAUUAAUAGAUUUAUUUAUGUUAAACAACUACUGUAGUUUGUAUUACUUUUACCUGGUGCUUUUGUGUAUGAGGAUGUAGGAAAAAGGAAAUAGGCUUAUAGGAAGUUGACUGUCUGCACUGUGAUUUUUUCCUUUUCUUUUCCAAUACAUCCCACAAAUCAUGUAAGGUGAUUUACUUAAACUAGUAUAAUUGUUCUGACUAUUAGGUGCUACAUUGUUAUAGACCAUGGAAGUUUUACAUGUAUUUUUCUUCAGGGUGGCUAUGUGUAAUCUACCACCAGAGAUCUCACUGUUAAGAGUACAAAAAUAGUUUUACAGUUUGUAAUAAUCACAAUCACUUUGAGAAAAUGCAGCUGAUUAUAAUUUGAUGAUUUCACCUUAUAAAACAUGCAAUGAAAAAGAUUCAUACUGUUUAGCUGCCUAAAAAAUUACUAUCACACAGUAUGUUGCAUUGCUUCAGUGAAUAAAAAUUGGUUGUAUUGCUAUCAGAUAGCAUAGGAGUAGUUAUCAUUAUAUAAAUUCUGCCUAAGUUUUCAGUACAGCUUGUCUACUACAGGCAUUUUGUUAAUAGUUUGAGUGUUGUCUUGUGUUUUGGGAACAUUAUUCAAUUCAGUACAGCAGUUGUUAAAUCAGGUGUUGUGUACUGACUUCAUGUUUAACUUCAGAAACUUCAAUGAAUGUUCACUUUGUUAAAACGAAAAUUGUCCUCUGUUUUCCUGGUGUAAAGUUGUUAGGCAAACAUUCCUUUGUAUUUUUGUGACACUAUUAAAGUUACAUAAAAUGGA